UGCUUCUGGUUAUUUGAAGGAGCUUAUCAACGCCAUCACCGCUAUCAGCUUACCGGGCCAUAAAGCAAUCAAGUCAAACUCACUUGAUUUACAAUGUUGAAUUGAUUGACGACAACAAAUCAUUUAACAAUCGAACCCACCACCAUCGCCAGCCGCAACGGCGGAGCAUUCCCGAUAAGAGCGGUCGCUUAUCAAUGUUUUAACGGGCAGACCGCGGGCAUGCAUCGCAUAACGGACACCGUUAUCGGCCGUGUAGCAUUUAUCGUGACGCAAGACAUCAUCCGUUGAACGGUUGGAAACAACCAUGCUGCACCAUGUGGGUGAGAUAAAAUGACCCAUUGGGGUUGAUAAUGGUUUCGACGGUUGGGGUUUUGGCAGUAUAAAAGGUCUUUCGUUUUGGGUUGGAAAUCAGUCAAGUUCUGGGACGAAUCAACAAUGGUAAGAAUUCAAAGGCUGGAUAUUAGAGGAUAAAACACUUAACAUUAUUCGUACUUUAGUUGCAGAAAAUCUUUAUCAUUUUGGCCGUUUUCGGUUUGGGUCUGGCCAGCGCCAAUCUCCGUUCGGAAAUGGACGAGGUGAUUGAGUUCAUGAAGAUGGAUGAGGUUCGCGAGAUCUACAACUGGUGGAUCACUCACGAUGCCCAGGUUGGUGAGAUCUACGCCUUCUUGCAGACUGAGGAAGUGGACAAGGCCUGGGUCAUCAUGACUACUAGUAAUGAGGAAAUGCAGAAAAUCAGCGAUUGGGCCUUUGUACGUGGCGUCGAUAUACGGGAUUAUAUGAUACGAAUUGCUAUGGGAUUGGGACUUACUCAGGCACAGCCUCGUGUCCUGAGAAACUCCGCAGCCCGUAGCUGGACCACCAUGAUGGAGGAAAUUCGUGCCGUGCAGGAUCUGGACGGAGCCAAGGCCCGGGCUGCUGAGUUCAUUGCCGAUCCAACGAGCGAGUUUGGUGAGUUGCAUCGCAUGAUCGCUGCCGAACACCACUCGAUCCAUACCACUUUCGAAGAUCCAGCAGUACGCCGAGUUACCAAUCAGUUGCGCGCCUUCGGAGUUGAUAUCGAUGGACUCGUUGAACGCAUCUACGAUUGGUUCGGCUGGGAUCAUAGCGAGCACUAG